GCUUUACUCAUGGUGACGCAGUGUACAUUGUAACAGCGUAUGUACGUUGUAGUUCAGAAAAUUCUUUGAAAUUAUAAAUGUAAAUCAUGCGAUCACUGUUUAAUGAACUUUGUUCCUAUUUAUUUUUCAAUUUUUCAACAUUAAAUAGAACAAUGUGAAAUGGAGGAUCAUCGAUUUUGGAAUGAAAAUGUGUUCUAAUGUUUGUGCAUAGAACAAAGUUUGGAAAGUGCGAAAGAUUAUUCAAAGUCGCAAAAAGAGCAUAAUGCAUAAAAUUGUUUUUAGGUUAGGAAAUAUAUCGAUCAAUAUAUUGGCAUCGCGAAGUCCAAAAUGGUUCAGAGUCUGCUCCUAAAAUGAAUUGUUUAACAUCAGCAUGUAAAUUUCCUCUGGAAUGAUUUGCAUAAAUCAACAAUAUAAGCAGAACUUUAGAUUUGGAAAGAAAAUGAUAGCAUCUGUGUCUACUAAAAAAUUGAGGUUGCUGCAGAAGGUUGGGGUGACUAUCAUUCAAAUGGCAAGACUAGUCAAACACUGAUGCUUGUUUUUGACAUCCUCCAAGAUGAUUUUUAGUUCUGGUUCUCGAGUAUUGUCAGCCCUGGUAUACGUGUAAAGAGGGAGCGAUAUAAGGGGAAAAGAGGUGGAAAUACGGUCGUCCAACCAAUGGGAGAUCGACUUUCCGUUACCUCUCGGCGAUAGUGCCGUAAGUUUCUGACGUCAAGGCGUACCUAGUGACGUCAGAGAACGCGCUACGUGAACGCGCUACGUGUGUUUACAGAAAAAUUGAACUUGAACUUGCUCGCGAACUUGACUUAGCAGUGCAGUUUAGUGUUUCGAUCGUUGGUGAUUAAGUGGAUGAUCGGACAAUCGACAGUGGCAACGAUACUGUUGUCUCUAUCAAGCGCAGCGGUACUCGAAAGUCAUGAAAUGCUAUGACGACGUAACGAGAUCUAAAUUUAAAUGCUUCAUCGAGCGUGUGCGCGUCAAGAUGCACGGCGGAGUAUUAUAUUCGCAAAGGAACAAUAAUCGAGGUUGUACUGGGGACUAAUCGUGGAUUAUCGCUACGUAUAUUUUAACGUGUUCCACGGACUGAUUCCGGCGAUUUCGUGGACUUGGUACAAAUGGAGCCAUGUUAUUCAAUCGAUCGGGAUGGUUGACACUUGUGGAUGUAAAUUUUUGCAUCGGCGAUUUUCGAGUGAUUAUUCCGUUUUUGCUAGUUUGCGUUGUGCCAAUAUUUUGUACAACGAUGGUGAAAAGGGACGAGAGGGUGAGACAGGACUAAGAGGUGAAAAAGGAAAAAUAUGGGCACGUGAAGAGGUCAAGGUGACAGGUAGGAGAGGGGAUCAUAUUGCGAAGGUCGCCAGCGGCACCGGCGCACCACUGACCUUUAAAAGCUGCGUAUCGUUCGCUUCUGCCAUAAUUUGGUUUUAGAGCUUUUUAGAGCAAAUCAGACUUUGUUCAGAUCAGGCUGAGUACGUACACAACUAACUCAGAUGCCAAGACAACUGUCAAGAGCAAAGAUUGCUGUCGCUGACAAGUUUUAAUAAGUGGAAAAUACGAAAUUUGAUGCAGCACGUGCAACGACAAGAAAUAUAAAAGAAGAAGAUAUAAGACUACAGCUGUAUAGUGAAGAGCAAAAUACAGGCAGACAAUAAGAAUAAAAGGGAAAGGAGAAAUUGGAAAAUUAGUAAAAGAACAGUGAGCAAAAUAGAGGGAUUUAGAUUUAUUCUAAGAGGAGUGUGUGGGUGCUUCCAAAAUAAUGAUGAAGAUAGAAUAUAUUUGUCAAAUGAAAGGAGACGAACAAUUCGAUUUGCCCCUUAUGCCACCACAGUUUGGGUGGAUGAGUUUGAUAAGUUGUAUGGUCAAUUUAUGGCAACAAAGACCAAUGAUGUUGCCGAAGAUGAAGAUAAGAUGAUGGAGCCUGAAGAAGUCAAUGAUCAUUUAGAAUUUGUGGAUCCGGCGAUACCAUCAACAUCGUCAGCAAGCAAUUCAUCAUCACAAUUUACAAUGUUGCGCAGAGAGGCCCAUGUAGAAGAUGAAGUUGAUAACAUAGAGCUUACAUUUCCGACAAUGUCAUUGGCAAGGUAUCGACGGUGGCCACGAUUCAGGAUGUUGCAAAGAACAGACGCUAUUCAAGAAGAGGAUGAAGAAGAGAUUGAGGACAAUGAAAACGAUCAAAGCAGUCAGAAAAGUAUAAAACUAGCAGUUCCAUCAACAUCAAUAUCAGCAAACCAUACGAUUUCAUAUCACAAUCUUAUUCGAGAAAGAAACUACUUGAAUUUUGAGAUAGAUAAUAUAGGAAAAGUUAUGAAAUGUUGCAAAAAUGCUGUCAAACGCUGGUUAUCUGUUAUAAAUGAUGAAGCAUUUCCAGAGGAAGAGUAUCUACAAGAAUAUAUAGAAGGGACAAACACUCUGCAUGAAUUACAACGCAAAGAAAUGGAGCUUGUGGCUAAACAGGAAAAAAUACUGGAAUUGGUAAAAUUAAGAAGAAACGCUAAAGAAGAAACGCCUAAGAAGGUAGUUACUAUAUUAAUAGUACACCUUCCAAAUAAUCAACAUACCACCAUACAAGUACAAAAAGGUCUUACUUUAAGGAACGCAGUGUCCAAAGCUAUGCAACGUCGGCACUUGAUUAUAGAUGAAUGUGCAGCUUAUAUUAAAGUUCGUAUCACAUCUUGUUUUAUUUCUUGGGAUACGGAUAUCUCAACUUUGCAAUGCAAGGAAGUCUUUGUGGAAACUUUAGAAGCAAUUACUGUUCCAGUUUAUUAUUUGCAUCAUUUUACACGUAAUACGUUUUUAAAUCUAAGAUUAAGUUACUGUUAUUUUUGUGAAAAAAGUGUUCUUUAUGGAUUUCAUUGUAAAUUAUGUGAUAGAAAAUAUCAUAUUAAAUGUGUGUUUUUUGCGCCUAUACUCUGCGAACACAUAAAAAGGCGAAGAGCUUAUUAUGAAAGAUUAUUGGCUAAUAAUAUGACUACUGGCAUUAUCCAAAUUCGUGCCAGGCCGCCACCAACACCUUCAUCUAUGGCUAAAAAACGACGUCAAAAUCAAGAAAACCAAGAAUCUUCUGUCUCUUUGCCGAACGUUGCUAUCAAUCAAGACAAUGAGAGUUCUAAAACAAAAGGAGUUUUCAACACAAAAGACGGAGUUUUCGACACGAAAGAUGAAAUUUCCAACAUGAAAGAUGGAGUUUUCAAAACAAAAGCUGAAGUUUCUAAAACGAAAGAUGGAGUUUCCAAAACAAAAGAGAGGGUUUUCAAAACGAAAGAUGAAGUUUUCACAAUGAAAGAUGAAGUUUCCACAAUAAAAGAUGGCGUUUUUACAAUGAAAGAUGGAGUUUCCACAGUGAAAGAUGGAGUUUCCAAAACAAAAGAUAGAGUUUCCAACAUGAAACCUGGAGUUCCCAACACGAAAGUCGGAGUUUCCAAUGUAAAAGUUGGAGUUUCUAACAUGAAAGAUGGUGUUUCUAGCACAAGAGCUGGGGUUUCUAAUAUAAAAACUGGGAUUUCUAAUACAAAAGCUGGAUUUUCCAAAACAAAAGUUGGAAUUUCUAACAUAAAAGAUGGCGUUUCCGAAAUAAAAGCUGGGGUUUCCAACACGAAAGAUGGAGUUUCCAAAACGAAAGAUGGUGUUUCCAAAACAAAAGAUGGACUUUUCAAAAUGAGAGAUGGAGUUUUCAAGAUAAAAGAUGGAUUUUUUAAAAGUGGAAUUUUUAACAUAAGAAAAAAACAGAAAAAGCAAGAAAAAUUAACAGAUGAAGAUAAUUCGCAUAAUUUAGAACGCAAAAAAUCUAAUGACUCUGAAGAUAGUAUUUUUAGUCAUCAAGAUCCUAUAAAUGAUUUUAAAAUUGUCGCAAAAGAAGUUACUUAUGAACCAGACAAAAUCGGGCAGGGAACUUAUGGAAGUGUUUACAAGGGUGAUUGGCAUGGACCUGUUGCAGUGAAAAGACUCAAUAUUAAUAUUCCUACUGCCGAGCAAAUACGUACUUUUAAAAAUGAAGUGAAUAUUUUACGUAAAGUUCAGCAUAAACAUGUGUUAUUAUUUAUGGGUUGUGUUUGUAAACCAUAUUUAGCUAUUAUUACACAAUGGUGCGAAGGACAAUCUCUACAUCAUCGCCUACAUGUAGAUGAAGAUCCAUUAGAAAUGAUUACAAUUGUGAUAAUCCUCAAACAAACUUCAGAAGGCAUGGACUACUUACACGCAAGAAAUAUUCAUCAUCGAGAUUUAAAAAGUUAUAAUAUAUUCUUUCACAAUGGACUUCACGUGAAGAUUGGUGAUUUUGGACUUGCGGUAAUGAGACCAAAUGAUAAAAAGAAUGAAAGAUACAUAGAGGAAGGGAUAGAAAACGAUGAAGAGAAUGAAGAGGACGAAAGAGAUGACGAAGACCAAGAAAGCGAAAAGGAAAAAGCUGAAAGAGAAAAGGCUGAAAGAGAAGAACAGGCAAGAAAGGAACAAGAAAAUAGACUAGCUGGUUCUAUUCCUUGGAUGGCACCUGAAGUCCUGAGAAUGAAAGAAGACUAUCCAUAUAGUUUUCAGUCUGACGUGUAUUCAUUUGGUAUAGUAAUGUAUGAAUUAUUUGCUCGUGAGAUUCCAUAUGGACUUGGGGCUGACCCAUUGUUUAUUUUAUAUAAUGUAGGACGUGGCAGUUUAGCACCCGAUUCAAGUAAAAUACGUUCUGAUACACCUAGAAAACUUAAAGUACUUUAUAAACAAUGCAUUGCGUUUGAGAGAGAAAAACGACCAUUGUUUCCCUACAUUUUGAAAGUAGUGUAUGCUGUUUUUAGAGCUACACCAAAAAUAAGAAGAACGACUUCCUUACCACUUAAGACCGAUGAGUUAGCUGAUACUUAUAUUGAGAGAGAUGAAGAUGUUCAAGACUUUCUCACAUCUGACGAAGACUAUAAGGCUAUCUUUUGCUCCAAGACUGGCGUUAAUGCAGUUCCUAGCAUUUCCGCUGAAGAUGUCUUUGCUGAUUUUUAAGAUUAACAAAAAUAGUAGACUAGCUAGAAUUGGAACAAGAAUAGAUUACGUUUCUUAAAUUUGUAUGUACAGAAAAAAGAAAAAAUCUGGUUCAGGGAAUUAUUUUUUUUUUUCAGGACAAAAAUGUAAAAAGUAAAAAUUUUUACAAUUAAAAUAGAAAAAUUGUUUACUUUUUAUUCUUCCGCUUUAGGAAAAAAGUUACAUAAUCGUUAUCGUGAUAUAAUGAGUAGAAUUGCACUAAGCUUUUCCGUUUAUAAGUCUUGGUCUUUCCAGCCAUUGGUCAAUUUGUCCGUCAUGAGGGGAAAGAUAGAAGAAAUUUAUCACAAGUGCAGCUUACCAUAUUGUAAAAGGACAACCAUUUUUCUCCAAUUAUAUAAAUCUUUUUGCGUCUUCUCUUCCUCACCGAUAGGCCGAUUGGAUAAAAGGGAAAAGCACGGUGUAAAUACAGUUUUACUAUCUCACAGUUAGAAAAAAAAGGUAAACUUAUUAAAGACUUUUUUGUAAAGCAAAUAAAGCACAUGUGAUUGAAAUACGCAGUCUGUUCUUAUUACGAAUCUAGCAAUACGUGAGUUUUGUUAUUUUUUUAGAAAAAAAAUUUAAAGCAAAAGAUGUGAAAGGUUUGAAAAAAAGAUAUAUAAUGUAUGUGUGUAUAUAUGUGAUAUAAAUUUAUCCAUUAAUUUUUUGUAUAAUUUUUAGAAUAGAGAUCUAGACCGAACCGCAUCUUAUAAGCCAAUUACUGUUACAAGACUCGUGAUUUUUAUUUAAUAUGUUGAAUGCCGGACCUAAUUUGCUUAUCUCUCCGGCAACGCUGGGGCGAAAAUUGUAUUGUUAGAUGUACAUCUUGAUAAGAUAUUAAGAGAGUAUUUUUAAGAGAGUAUUAAUGAUGUAGACUGUUUGAGUUUAAGCUUAUUUUUAAAAAUUAAAAAAAAAGGCAGCCAUUUUAUAUCUUGAUUAUAUACUGAUAUCAUUCUUUUAUUUCUUAAGAUAUUAUAGUAUAAAUUUAUCAAGCAGAGCAAUUUGAUCUGAAAAUGUUAGUACAACGAUUAGUUUUUAAUCUAUGUUCUCUUCCGUUUUCCGAAUCAAUGGCCUAAGAUAAUAUUUAUGAGCGUAUUAAAAUAUAUUUAUGAGUGUAUUAGGAUAUAUGUAUUAAAAUUCAACAGGAUAAUUAAUUAUACAAAUUUCGAAAAUUUUUAAUGUAUUUUUACAAAAUCUUUAAAUUUAAUUAAUUCAAAUAUCUCGCCAUUGGUUUAAAUUUAAAGCCUCCCCUAGACAAUCAAUAUUGUACAAUAUUUAAAUAUUACACAAUAUUAUUGAUUAUCUAAGGGUUACUUAAGUUAAAGUUCAUUAUUCGAAUGUAACAACGAGCAAAAAGUAGAUAUUAAAUAUGUGUGCAUGGACUUUUAUAAUGUAUCAUCAUAUAAUGUAUCAAUCUAUGUUUAUAAUUGAUGUUAAAUUUUUAAUACAAAAUGUACGCUUUUCUGUAUUAAAACAGCAUUCGAAUUCUUAAGAUACAAAAACUUUCAAUGCUAUUGUAAUACAUGAAAUAGCACAAAUUUAAAAUCGGUCUAGGAAGAAUACAUAUUGGUAUUGGAAAAUUAUCCUCAUCAUAUUUUAAAUGUUUCUCAUUCCAUUAGAAAAAAAAUAAAAACAUUAAAAAA